GGUUAAUAAGCUCUUAAUUGGCGACCAGUGGUGCUGGAGUGAGUGAGUGUGUGUACCGGUGCCAAUACUAACCAACGAGUGAAGGAGACAUGCUCUCUAACGCCAACAUUUUGCCGAAGCUGUAUCUGUCCGUCAUCGAGGAUGUGAUGGAGAGUCUCCGAGAGUUAUUCUGUGAUGAAGGAGUGGAUGAAGGAGUACUGGACAACCUCAGACAGCUCUGGGAGUCGAAGGUCGUUCAGUCUAAAGCUGUGGAGGGUUUCAGUAAAGACAACAAUCCAUCCAACUUUGUUCUGCAGCUGCCAGCGAACUUCACGCAGACUCUCCAUAAACCCACCGUCGUCAUUCCAGCUGCUCAGAAUGUGCAGAACUUCACCUCCAAAACAAACAGCUGUGGUUCUGUUGCCACAUUCUCUCUGCCGCCUGGAAUAACGUAUCCGGUCCAGAUUCCAGCUGGCGUCACACUCCAGACGGCCUCAGGACAUUUCUACAAAGUCAAUGUUCCUGUAAUGGUCACGCGAGGAGCUCAGCAUGUCCUGACCCGACCCGCUCCGACCCGCAUUGAGCAGAAUUCCAACCCGGUUUCUCGGCCCAUGGCCGUUGCUCGCAGCAUCCCAGCCCAUCUGUCUGUUCCCUGUCCUCCAGCGCCAUCUGGUUGUGUAGCAUCUGAGACCCUGCCGAAUCCUCCGCAACCGUUGCACCAUCAGCUCUGCCAACAAACCGACGACAAACCCUCCCCAUCAGCCUCUGACAGUCAGAGUGAGUUCAACCUCGACGACAUUGAGUUCAGCCCGCAGCCCAUCGACAUGAGCGCCUCAUCGUUCUUCACUCCGCCAGCACAGGGGCCGCGCUCGGAUUAUCCCCGGGAUGUGAUGGAGACGGCCUUAAAAGAGCCAGACGGAGCAGCUGAUGAAUCAACUGCUCUUCCAGACUUGAAGGCUGAAACUAAUCAUGACAUUAAGCUUGAGACGGAGCUCGACUUCAUCACACAACUGGAUGGAGUCGCUGACAGCAGCUCCGACACGGAGGAAGAUGAUGAUGAGGAAGAUCUGGGGCUGGUUGGAGAGGAAGAGUUUCUGGGAAUGAUCAAUGGCAAUGAGGAGGAGGAGUUGGAAGAGGAAGAGGAUCCGCUGAACUCUGGAGAUGAUGUGAGUGAACAAGAUAUCCCAGAGAUCUUUGACACAGAGAAUGUCAUCGUUUGCCAGUAUGAUAAGAUCCACCGUAGCAAAAACCGCUGGAAGUUUUACCUGAAGGAUGGUGUGAUGUGUUACGGAGGGAAAGACUAUGUGUUCUCCAAGGCUGUAGGAGAGGCGGAGUGGUGAUGGAGAUAAUUUACUUUUUCACAAGUAUUUUCCUUAUCUUGCAUAAUAAUCACAAUUUACACGAUCUUCAGAUUUUCUUUGUACG